AUGGCGGACAAUCACGAGAACGGCGAAUCCACGUCGGAACACGCGACGGAUUUGAAAUCCGGUCCCUUUUCAAUACUGUACCAGGCCGUCCGCGGCAAUACGCAGGUCCUCAUCAACGUGCGGAACAAUCACAAGCUACUCGCACGUGUCAAAGCCUACGAUCGACAUAUGAAUCUUUUAUUGGAAGACGUGAAAGAAAUGUGGACGGAAGUAUCCAAGGGAGGAAAGGGGCGAACGCGGGGGACCGCCGUCAACAAAGAUCGGUACGUUUCCAAGAUGUUCUUGCGGGGGGACUCCGUCAUUUUGGUCGUCUCCAAUCCAGCCGCAUUGGCACAACCACCGCAAACGACACAACCAAGUACUCAAUAA